AUGACUUUAUUGGCCGAGGAGAAGCAGCUGCAAAAGCUCAUCCUCGAGGAUUUCCUCAAUGAGUGGCUCACUGCCGACCCCAACCGGUUGCCCAGCAUCCGCAAGGCCAAGUGCAUCUUGGGAAUGGUGAAGCAGGGAGCGGACAGCACGGAGAUGGUGGGAGUGGGCCAAUGGGGAAGCUGCAGUUAUGCGCACUGCUGCUUGCCACGGACUGUUCUUGAGCAAACGGUCGAAAGGAUCCCUCAGAUCAUGUCGCUGAAGGCUAUGAUCCGGGCCGUUGCCGAGGCAAAUACAGGUCCGGAGGGCAUCGAUGACAUGAUUGAGAAUGCCUACGAGAAUGCAGUAACUGCUGAGGAUACUGGCUCGAGCUAUAUGUCCAUGUCUCCGGGCAAGAUCGCCGAGGCGCUGGGCUUCCGAAAUCUGCAUGCAUACAUUCCAGAUCAGAAAAAACGAAUUAAUAUAAGCUAA